UGUAAAUGCAACUUAGGGUUCAAGAUCCAUUUGUUAUGAGUUUAUUCUAAAAACAACUAAUUAUAAGAAAAAAUUGUAUUAAAAAAAUUAUAGGUUAGGGUAAGAGUAAAACUUUGGCGGUAAAUUUGAAAAUGUCGUCACAACGAAGUAAAGUUAUAGAUUUAUACAAAACGUUAUUACAUUUGGGUAAAGAUUAUCCAUCGGGAUACGAUUUUUUCCGAACCAGACUUCACCGAGCUUUUAUGAAAAAUAAAGAUGAAAAGGAUCCAGAAAAAAUCGAAAAAAUGUUGGCUCACGGACAAUAUAUCAUUAAGGAAUUAGAAGCUUUGUAUAUGUUGAAAAAAUAUCGCACUAUGAAAAGGCGAUAUUAUAAUGAAGAUAAUAAAUAACAAAAAAUUUGUUUAAUUUAAUCGGAAA